AUGUCAGCAAAUGUGCACCCGAAGAGUGUUGUUGCCGAGCACAGAUCCGGAAACCAUCCCGCCAGAAUGCCAUCGGGCCCAUUGCUCAAAGAGUUCCAGAAGGCGUAUAUUCCAGGGAUUAAGAAGGGAAUUGGAUCAAUCAUCAUGGUCACCCUGGCUUUCCCCACUGAGGAUGAGAUCCCACAGCUUGUCAAAGCUGUUGUCUGGAAGGCAACCCAGAAUGACCUUCAUAGCGACCUCAUUGUAGUGCAUGUGCACGGGACACUUGUAGAUUAUGAUGCAGCCAAUGAUAAUGUUCUGCACACAAAGGCUAAGCAGAUGAUCGGCACGUUCCGUGGUAUCUUCAAGUCAACGGCAGCCACUCUAUUCCCCGUAACUCACAAGGUCCACCUUGUCCCUCCCAAGAUGUUGUCACUCGUUGAACAAGAUCUUGGCGAGCUUGGGCUUGAGCACGAUGCGGCUUGCACAAGCAGGCAAGAGUGGGCGAUGACAGCUAUUGAUUCAACUUUACAAACAACACCACUCCUCCACGAGUUGAGUCAACAAAACCAGGGAACCAUUACAGGGGCUUACGAGAGUGGUGGGCUCAUUCCAGCAAUCCUCAAUGCAGUCUACUUCCAGAGACCCAGUGGCUUAGGCCGUGUUUGCCCUGAUUUAUUCAUGGACGGCAUACCAAACGAAGGAAUGGCGGUUGCAGCCAUGGCUGCACUCUGCAGUGCAGAGGAAUUUGCUUCAGACUGUUGAACAAGGAGUGAAAAGGGAGUGGCUAGUGUGAAGGCAACACUUAACAGAGUACAAGACCAGUUAAGGACAGCAGUCAAUGGAGGGCUUGCAAGGUCUCAAGAGACUGAGAGGGAAGACUCAGCAGGCGUAAGACAAG